UGUUUGCCUGUCCGUCCGCGUCGUCGUCGUCGUCCGACCGUCCAUUCAUCUGUCUGCCUGCGCCCUCACACUCAGAUGAAAUUCUAUUCCUGAUCGUAUCGGAUUUAGUUUCAUCUGAAAGUUUUAGUUUAUCGUGUAACGUCUUGGCGUGAGGUCGGAUCCAUUGUGUAUAGAAGAUAUCUCUUUUUUGAUUUUCUAUAAUAUACCUAUUCGAACAAAACAAACAAACAAAAACAAAAUAAGAUACUUUUGUAUCUUUCGGAUUGGAUUGGAUUUUUCGAUUUUAUAUAUUCAGAUGAAUUUGUUUUCUUUUUAUUUUUUGUUUAAAUCUUUUACUGCAAACAUUUUUGUCGAUUUAUUUCGGUAGUGUAAUUAAAAAAGAAUUUAAUUUCACUUCUCGGUUCUAAAGGAUUUCUACACGAACGUCUUUAUCGUAAAGAUAUUUAUAUGCCGUCAUUUUUAUUUUGAAAGAUAUUCUAUAUAAGCGCACAACAGAUCAGUUUUAUAUUUGUUUGCCGUCAUAAUAUAUUUUUUCGGUUUAUUGUUGUUAUUUUUUUAAAUAUUAAAUUUUGCGCAAAUUUUUUACAAUUUAAUGAACGAAAACGACGUGUUCGGUGUUCCUAUUUUAUAAGAAAGAAGAAAACAAUAUUAUAAAUAAAAGGAAUUCGAAACAAAACAAAAAUAAAUACAAAAAUACUUACAACGGAAUUUGUACCUACAUUAGUGUCGCGAAGAUUUAUCUAUAAAUUCGAUUUGAAUUAAAAAAGCUAUUUUGUGAUCUGUUAUUUUCUUUGAUCGUUUACAUCACGUGUGUUUAUAAUAUAAGAAAAAGAAAAACAAAGAAUAUACCUUAAUUGGUUAAGAAUUUUGUGUAAGAAGAUUGAAGAAGGAUUACUCAAUUAAUUCGAUCGACAUAAACAAACAAAAUUGGAUACAUUUAACUUCACACAAAUAUCUGUACUUAAACAUAAGCCUUCCUAUAUAUUCUAAAGGUCUAAGGUCUUGACAACUUAAAGCCUAAAUAUCAUCAACAAAUUGGAAUUGGAAGCGAUAGAUGGAAUCAUGCAACGCAUAUGAAAUAUACUGGCAUCAUUUUAAAUUUUAAAUUAAAUUAAAAACAAAUUAAACAAGAAGUGCAUCCACAUACAUAUAUAAAUUUAAACAAAAAAAAAUGCAAAGUGUUUGUCGGAAAAAUAAAAUUCAAGUAUUAUAGAUCGUAAAAUUAGUAAAUUUUCUUUUUUUAAACAAAAGAAAAAGAACAAGAAAUAUGCUCCAGCACCCCGCGACAGAUUUUUACGAUAUUGCGGCUGCUAACGCGGCCGUGAUAAGCAGUCGACACACCCCGCCAUACAGUCCGACGGGUUUGUCGAUUGCAGCACAGCACAACAACAACAAUAACAAUAGUACAAGCAAUAAUAACAAUAACAAUGCCAGCAAUAACAACAACAACACUGGCAGCAGUUUAGAUAUUUUAAAUCAAAACGGUUCGGUGGUUGGCGGCGGCGGUGGAGGUGGUUUAAUUGGCAGCGGGACAAAUGGUAGUGGCGGCAAUAGUUCUGGCGGAGGUCGAGAAUCGUUGCCCAGUUUUGGGUUUACACAAGAGCAAGUGGCGUGCGUUUGUGAGGUCCUACAACAAGCUGGUAAUAUUGAAAGACUGGGACGGUUUCUAUGGUCAUUGCCACAAUGUGAUAAAUUGCAACUUAACGAAUCUGUGCUUAAAGCAAAGGCAGUUGUUGCAUUCCAUCGAGGACAAUACAAAGAACUCUAUAGACUAUUAGAACAUCACCAAUUCUCACCGCACAAUCAUGCUAAAUUACAAGCGUUAUGGUUAAAAGCGCAUUAUAUUGAAGCCGAAAAACUGCGCGGAAGACCUCUAGGUGCUGUUGGUAAAUAUCGAGUCCGUCGUAAAUUUCCACUGCCACGCACAAUUUGGGACGGCGAAGAGACAAGCUAUUGCUUUAAGGAAAAAUCAAGAUCGGUUCUACGAGAAUGGUAUGCCCAUAAUCCAUAUCCAUCACCCCGAGAGAAACGUGAACUAGCAGAGGCUACUGGACUGACAACGACACAGGUUUCAAAUUGGUUUAAAAAUCGACGACAAAGAGACCGUGCUGCCGAGCACAAAGAUGGCACCUCGGACAAACAGCAUUUGGACUCCUCGAGCGAUUCAGAUAUGGAAGGACCCAGCUCAAUGUUGCAACAACAUUCACAAUCCUCCGCACAGUCUUCACAGCACAACACAACGAAUCACCAUCAGCAACAACAGCAACAAUUAUCACCAGCGAGCCACCAUCACACAACGACAGCCCAUCACGGCCAUGGUCAUCACACGACCACUGGAUCCACAGGUGGUGGUGGUGCUUCAGCAGGCUCCUCUGCAGAUCUCCACCAGCAACAACAGCAGCAGCAGCAACAUCAACAUCAUCCUCACCAUCACAGCGGCGGUGGCAGUGGUGGCGGUCACUCAAAUAACAACCUGUCAGCGAUUAGCAAUCUUAAUGCAUCGCUGGUGGGAGUGGCGUCUAGUGGUGGAGCAUUGUCGGCCGCAGGUGGCCUGUCACUGUCAUCGCAAAAAUCAGGGGUCGGCCAUCAGAUGGCGCCCCUUUCAGUAGCGUACUCGCAUCUGCAUAGUGUGAUGGGCUCGAUGCCGCUCUACGAUAUGAGCGAGUAUCAGCACUUAUGAUUUUAAGCUAAUAUUUUCUUUUUUUAUAAAUUAAAACUUUAUUUAUACAUAUUUUUUGUAAAUAUUAAAAAAACAAAUAUUUAUUAUUUUUGUUUGAAAAUAAUGUUUAAUGUUUUAAAAAGUUAUUUCUUUUUUGCAAUAUUUAAAACUAAAUAGAAAUUAUGUAUAAAUGUAACGUAGGUAGUAUUUUUAUUCCGAAUCAGUGCACUUUUGUUUCAUUUUCUUAAAACCUAGUGAAUUGUUAUAAAAGAAUAAUACCAAGUAAUUGAAAGCAAUAAUGCGUUAGUAAGUAAAAUCAAUUACAUUAUCAAAUGAAUUAAAUCAAAAUCAAUACUUUAAUGUAAAUUUAUGUAAAUAAUAAAACAGAUAUUAUUUAAAGUAUACAAACAGAAAGUGGCCCGAGAAAAAAUUGUAUCAUUAUAUUCGCUAUAUGUAUUCAAGGGUGUCUUUUAAACUUUGCAAUGUUAAGAUAUAAUAAUUAUAUCAAGCUAGACUAAAAAUUUUAAAAUAAGAUUAUUAAAUUAUUUUCAAAAAUAUCAAAAAUUAAAAAAAAAUAAACUUUAA